AGGCCUGGCAGGGCUGGGAGGCUCGGACGGCGUGUGGCCGCAGCCGGGGAGCCUGAGGCCGGGGCGUCGCACGCAGGCGCUACCCGCCUGGGCCGUGAGCCGGCCGCGGCCUCGGCGGCGAGGCCUCCCGGAUGCCGGUUGGAGCUCUGCGGUGCAGAGCAGAGGCUGCGCCCGGGCCGCAGGCAAGGGUAGAAGGCCAACGGGUCCGCUCUCUGACGCGCGGUGGAUGCGGCGGCGGCGGCGGCGAUGGACGCCCUAGAGGAAGAGAGCUUCGCGCUGUCCUUCUCUUCUGCCUCUGAUGCAGAAUUUGAUGCUGUGGUUGGAUAUUUAGAGGACAUUAUCAUGGAUGAUGAGUUCCAGUUAUUACAGAGGAAUUUCAUGGACAAGUACUACCAGGAGUUUGAAGACACGGAAGAGAAUAAGCUUACCUACACACCUAUUUUUAAUGAAUAUAUUUCUUUGGUAGAAAAGUAUAUAGAAGAACAGCUGUUGGAGCGAAUUCCUGGAUUUAACAUGGCGGCUUUCACUACAACUUUACAGCACCAUAAAGAUGAAGUGGCCGGUGACAUUUUUGACAUGCUACUCACAUUUACGGAUUUUCUGGCUUUUAAAGAAAUGUUUCUGGACUACCGAGCAGAAAAAGAAGGCCGGGGACUGGACUUGAGCAGUGGUUUAGUGGUGACAUCACUGUGCAAAUCAUCUUCUGUGCCAGCCUCCCAGAACAAUCUGCGGCCCUAGAUCUCACCUUCAGGCUCCGGGCUCUUCCUGGACGUCACCAGCUCAAUAGACUGGGAGAGGCUUUGGCUAAUGAUGUCAGAAGAAUACAUCUUGGAAAGACUGA